GAGGGACAGGUGGAGAAAAUAACAGAUAAAAGGGUACAGCCAAAAGGAGAGAGUCAGAGAAAAUAGCAGAAUUAACUUGGAUUGUCCACAAUCCUCUUUUUUUUUUUUUAGACCUUCUGUAAUUUGUCUGGGUUGUUUUGGGGAGUAGUUAACGCCAUGGGUGGGAAGAUUUCAGCCAGAGGUGAGGGGUGGCUUGAGCAGAAGUUGAGGUUUAUGUCUGGUCUGAAGCUGCUGGCUCUGCAUGCUGGUGUUUGAACCAAACUAUGGCCCAGUAAACAGACACCUGUAAGGAUUGACAGAGAAGCUCUGUGACAGAAAGGAAGACAGCUACACAGCCUAAGUGUCAGGCAAAAAGGCAGCAGACACCCGGAGCUGGCAGAGCCGGCGUUCUGCAUUUCAUUGUCAUUCCGCUCUGUUUUCAGAGGAGUUAAGAAGAGAAGAGAAGCAUUCCUGUGUUUGUGGCUCCUUCAGCAUCCAUCCAAGUCAGUGGCCCCCCCUCCUCACUGCCUAAUAUACAGCAAAGGAGGGUUGGUACUAAAAAGGAAAUCCAGGUUGGAAAGAGAGAGGGUGGGAGGCAGAGAGAGCGGGAGAGAGCAGGUGUCAGAAAUCCUCCCCUUCAUCUGCUUGUCAUUUACUUCUUUAUGCUCGUUCGUUUUUUGGCAAGGCGAUUGAUUUUCUGAUGCUGCCGUUACUUCUAUAAGCCCUCUGCAGUCCCUGGGUGAAAGCAAGACUGAGUAGAGCAGAACACGACCACAACAACAAACAAAAAGGGAAAAGGAAAAGAUGGAGCCCUUCUCAUUGACUGACUUUUCACCCCCUCCUUUUCCUAUUUGUCGAGAUGGCCUCUUGUUAUUUUUUCUCUAAGUAAAGGAAAAGAAGAAAAACACCCACCCAAUCAAUCCCUCAUUCUGUUUUGUACACAAGGACUGAACCUCCCUUUUCAUCGGCUGUUUCUCUACAUGGAUUAUUUUUUCCUCUGAGUUCUAAACACUGGAUUGCUCCAGAUUUCCUCCAUACGGCCUCCCCUCUAAUGACAAGGGCCAAUUCCUGUAAUUCCCCCUGCAGGCAUCCAUCCGCUUCACCCCUCGGCCGAGGUGCAGGAACUCUGUGGACCCGGAUCCCAGUGCCCUUGUUGACUCACCACCACAGCUAUAAUAUGGCACAGUCCCUCUGAUCCUGCCUGAUUUAUUCUGUGGUGGUACAGGCAGCCAGCAGACCGUUCUCCAUGAGAAGCAGUAGAAGAUGCCGGCUCUGCCAGCGCUGCUGCUGUCAAUACGCUUCCUCUCCUUCCUGCUAGUGACAAUGCCACCACUCUCCCUCACUCAGGCCCCUCUACUUUCCUCCGUACGCAUGGCUGCCAUUCUGGAUGACCAGUCAGUGUGUGGGCGUGGGGAGCGGCUGGCGCUGGCCUUGGCCAGGGAAAACAUCAACAGUGUGAUAGAGGGUCCGGUGCGAGCCCGAGUGGAAGUGGACAUAUAUGAGCUGCAAAAAGACUCCCAGUAUGACACUACUGACACUAUGUGCCAGAUUCUACCCAAAGGCGUCGUCUCUGUGAUCGGUCCAGCCUCCAGCCCCGCUUCCGGCUCUACUGUCAGUCACAUAUGUGGAGAGAAAGAGAUCCCUCAUGUUAAAAUUGGUCCAGAGGAAACUCCCCGCCUUCCAUACCUGCGCUUUGCCUCAGUUACUCUGUACCCCAGCAAUGAGGACCUGAGUCUGGCCAUAGGUUCCAUCUUACGUUCGUUCAGCUAUCCCUCUGCAAGCUUGGUCUGUGCAAAGGCUGAAUGCCUCCUGAGAUUGGAGGAACUAGUCCGCCGUUUUCUCAUCUCACGGGAGACACUGUCUGUCAGAAUGCUAGAUGACAACCUGGACCCCACUCCCCUCCUAAAGGAGAUCCGUGACGACAAAGUAGCCACCAUCAUCAUCGACGCCAAUGCUUCUGUCUCUUAUCUCAUCCUCAAGAAGGCCUCAGAGCUGGGGAUGACAUCAGCAUUUUAUAAGUACAUCCUCACCACCAUGGACUUCCCCCUUCUGAGGCUGGAUGAUAUCGUGGAUGAACAUUCCAACAUUUUGGGUUUCUCUAUGUUUAACACCACACAUCCAUUCUAUUUGGAGUUCAUCAGGAGCCUGAAUCUUUCAUGGAGGGAGGGCUGUGAUUUGACGUACCCUGGCCCUGCGCUCUCUUCAGCGCUGAUGUUUGAUGCCGUACAUGUGGUUGUGGGGGCAGUCAGGGAAUUGAACCGCAGUCAGGAAAUUGGAGUAAAGCCCCUGAGCUGCACCUCGCCUCAGAUCUGGCAACACGGGACCAGUCUCAUGAAUUAUCUGCGCAUGGUGGAGUACGAUGGCCUGACGGGGCGAGUGGAGUUCAACAGCAAAGGUCAGAGAACCAACUACACCCUGCGGAUCCUGGAGAAAUACAGAGGAGGCCACAAAGAGAUUGGGAUCUGGUACUCCAACAACACUUUGGCGAUGAACUCCACUAGUUUGGACAUUAAUGUCUCAGAGACGCUGGCGAACAAGACCCUCAUUGUCACCACCAUUCUGGAAAAUCCAUACGUGAUGCGCAAAGACAAUUACCAGGAUUUUGUUGGGAACGAUCAGUACGAGGGUUUCUGUGUUGACAUGCUGAGGGAGCUGGCAGAUAUCUUGAAAUUCUCUUUCAAGAUCAAGCUGGUGGAUGAUGGGCUGUAUGGGGCCCCAGAGCCCAAUGGCUCUUGGACCGGCAUGGUUGGAGAAUUGAUUAACAGGAAAGCAGACCUUGCUGUAGCUGGCUUCACAAUCACAUCAGAGAGAGAGAAAGUUAUUGACUUCUCUAAGCCGUUCAUGACCCUUGGGAUCAGCAUCUUGUACCGAGUUCAACUGGGUCGGAAGCCAGGUUACUUCUCCUUCUUGGACCCUUUCUCUCCUGCUGUCUGGCUCUUCAUGUUACUCGCCUACCUGGCUGUCAGUUGUGUGCUCUUCCUGGCAGCAAGGUUAAGCCCCUAUGAGUGGUACAACCCUCACCCAUGUCUGCGGGAGCGCAGGGACAUGCUGGAGAACCAGUACACACUGGGAAACAGUCUAUGGUUCCCUGUUGGUGGCUUCAUGCAGCAGGGAUCAGAGAUAAUGCCCCGAGCAUUGUCCACCAGAUGCGUCAGCGGUGUUUGGUGGGCAUUCACAUUGAUCAUUAUUUCCUCCUACACGGCCAAUUUAGCAGCCUUUCUAACCGUGCAGAGAAUGGAGGUUCCUAUCGAAUCUCCCGAUGAUUUGGCCGACCAGACCAACAUUGAGUAUGGCACCAUUCAUGGAGGGAGCAGCAUGACGUUCUUCAUGAACUCAAGGUACCAGACAUACCAGCGGAUGUGGAACUACAUGAACUCCAAACUGCCAAGCGUAUUUGUGAAGAGCACCGAGGAAGGUAUCGCCCGUGUGCUCAACUCCAAGUACGCCUUCCUGAUGGAGAGCACUAUGAACGAGUACUACCGUGGCCUCAACUGUAACCUCACACAGAUAGGAGGACUGCUGGACACUAAGGGAUACGGCAUCGGCAUGCCUCUGGGAUCUCCGUUCAGAGAAGAGAUCACGCAGGCCAUCCUCCAGCUGCAUGAGAAUAACAGGCUGGAGAUACUAAAGAGAAGGUGGUGGGAGGGAAGCCAGUGUCCCAAAGAGGAGGAUCACCGUGCCAAGGGUCUGGGCAUGGAGAACAUAGGAGGCAUCUUCGUGGUGCUGAUCUGUGGCCUCAUCAUCGCCGUUUUUGUGGCCAUUAUGGAGUUUGUGUGGUCGACGCGCCGCUCGGCAGAGACUGAUGAGGUAUGCCCUCAUACCUGCCCUCGCCGACCCCGCAGACACACCCCAGUGUCUGUUUGUCAAGAGAUGAUCACCGAGUUCAGAAACGCCGUCUCUUGUAAGAAGAGCUCCCGGCUGCGCCGCAGACGACAACUGAGCAGUUCUGCGGCCUUACGACAUCCCACCCGCAUUGCUCUUGGAGCCCCCCGGCCGCUGCGCCUGGUCCGAGAGAUGCGGCUCAGCAAUGGGAAGCUGUACAGCGGAGCUGGCCCCCUGACUGGUGGAGCAGGAGGGACAGGACUGCCCGAUCUGGGCCCUGGGCCCCAAAGGAUCCUAGAUGAUCCCCUUGGAGCAAACACUACCCCGCCUCCACCGGCACCCACGCCAGUGAUAGCGCCCUCUCGCAGCUGCAGCCACGUGAGGAUCUGCCAGGAGUGCAGAAGGAUCCAGAGCCUGAGAUCAGGCAGUAGUUUGGGUUCAUCAUCAACAACAAGAAUACCACCCUUAUCUGCCCCCCUGCCUAGGCUACCUCCACCCCCACCACCGUCCUCAUCCAACACAGACAGUGAGGGUGGAGGGGGCACCAGUCCAAGGCGGCUACGCCACAGCCCCCCAUCUCAAUCCCCCCUUCGUAUUCCUCCUCCUCCUCAAAACAGCAACAACACAGACCUGCUUGGAGAGCAAGAGGGAGUGUAAGACUGGAUAAGAGGGGGUGUGAGAAACUCAGACAAAUGGGUGAUGAGGUGGAAGAACACAAACUGCAAACAUUUCUCUAGUUUACCCUGAGGAAUGAAAAUACAGAACCAAUUGUGUACCAAACUGGUCAAAUAUUAGGCUGCUGUUACU